AUGAACAGCCAGGUGGACCACCUGAUCAAGAAGACAUGGGACACCCGCCUAAUGAUAGCCGUAAGCGGAAUCCCAGGCUCAGGCAAAACAGCCCUAGCAAUAAUGAUGACGAACCGCAUAAACGAAAUCUACGCCUCCGAAAAUCCCUCCUCCAACCACAUGCAACCCAUCGCAACAUCCCUCCCAAUGGACGGCUAUCACCUCACGCGCGCACAGCUAUCAGCCAUGCCCGACCCAACACACGCCUUCGCUCGGCGCGGCGCAGCAUUUACAUUUGAUGGCGAGAAAUUCCUCACUCUGGUUCAAGACCUGCGGAAGCCACUUACGGCGGACUCGAAGAGUAUCUACGCGCCUAGUUUCGACCACGCGGUUAAGGAUCCCGUUGAUGAUGAUAUUGAGAUUCCGGCUAGUUGCCGGGUGGUCUUUUUCGAGGGCAAUUAUUUGAGUCUUGAUAAGGUGCCUUGGAGUACGGCUGCGGGGUUGAUGGAUGAGCUUUGGUUUGUUGAUGUUGAUUUUGAGAUUGCGAGGGGGAGGUUGGUUAGGAGGCAUGUUAAGGCGGGGAUUGCGAAGGAUAAGGCCGAGGCGGAGAAGAGGGUUGCGGAGAAUGAUUUGAUUAAUGGGGCAGAGAUUUUGGAAUAUAGGUUACCUGUUCAGGAGAUUGUUUCUAGCAUUUAUGAUCCCAAUUGGGAGAAGUCAUAG